AUGGGAUGUGGACCUUCCAACUCGGCAGCUGCCGUGAUACCACUGGACGGUGACGGUGAAUCGACUGGAUCGAAAGCGACGUACCCCCCCUCGGAAGCAUUCGAAAUUCCCUUGAAUGACGAGAAUCCGGAGAGUCUUAUCAAGAAGCAUCCACCGUUGCGUCUGAAGCGUCUAGAGGAGCAUACCAGCAACCCUCCCAGUAUCGAAAACCUGGAGGAAAAGCUCGCCACCGCGGAAAUUCGGCGACAGCAGUUCCUAGCGAGUCGUGCACUGAAAACCACCACUUUCGACAAAACAGGAGAUGAUGCAAAUGGCGAUAUCGAUGCCAUUCAGGAAGUGGAAGAACCGGAAGAAUGCGGUGCUGGGCAGGACGAUACGGACAAAGCAACGAAAAGCGAUGAACCGGUUGCCGGGCAGGAGGAAACAAAACUGGAAAAUAGUUAA